UUCAUGUAUUAUUCCGAAUAAAGAAUAGUGGCUUUAUUGACCAAGAUAGUUGGUAGAACAAAACGCCACCGUUUAGUCAGCUCCGCCUCACUUCGCCUCCCCAUCUCCCCUCCGCCGCCGCCGCCGCCUCUUCCAUUUCCUUGAUUUCUCGAUGGGAAAAGGCGGGGGCUGUGUCCCUAGCAAGAAAAAGUUCCCCAAUCACACCACCGCCGCCGCCGCCGAGGACGACCAUGAACUCCCCGAGUCCACCCCCACCGAAAUCGCCGCCGACGAAUCCGCCAUCCCUCCGCGGAAUCUGAGGCUCUUCAUAGUCUACUACUCGAUGUACGGCCACGUGGAGGGCCUCGCGCGCCGGAUGAAGCAGGGCGCCGACUCCGUCGCCGGCGUCGAGGCCGAGCUCUACAGAGUCCCGGAGACCUUGACCGACGACGUCCUCGCCAAAAUGCAGGCCCCGCCCAAGGACGAUUCGAUCCCAGAGAUCGGAUCGCCCGCCGAUUUGGCAGCCGCCGAUGGAUUUUUGUUCGGUUUCCCCACGAGAUACGGCUCAAUGGCGGCGCAGAUGAAGGCGUUCUUCGAUUCGACUUCUCAAUUGUGGAAGGAGCAGAAGCUGGCUGGGAAGCCUGCCGGAUUCUUUGUCAGCACCGGGACUCAAGGAGGCGGACAAGAGACCACUGCGUGGACAGCGAUCACCCAAUUAGCUCAUCAUGGGAUGCUAUUUGUUCCGAUUGGAUACACAUUUGGUGCGGGCAUGUUCAGAAUGGAUUCCAUUAGAGGGGGUACUCCAUAUGGAGCUGGGGUUUUCGCAGGUGAUGGCACAAGGGAGCCAAGUGAAACGGAGCUGGCUCUCGCAGAGCACCAAGGCAACUACAUGGCUGGCAUAGUCAAGCGGCUAGCUAAUCCCUGACAGCAUCAAAAUUUUCAGUCCUUGAGUAUCGUGUUUCAUGAUAGGUAUUGCUCAUUCAAUUCUUGAUUGUGAACUAUUGAAGUUCCUGCCCCAUUAUCCAUUGUUUUUUUUUUGUCGUCUUCAUUUAAGAUUUGUUUGCCAAUUCAAUUAUUUUUGGUGAAUGGUUAUGAAGUGUAUAUGUGUUUACAUUUCUGGUCGAUUGCUGUGUAAUAAGGUGUGGUGCGUUUGGAUUUCUUCGUAGUGUAUAAUAUCGUAUAUAUACUAGAUAUUUUCUUCCUCUUUUAAUUGAGAUAAUUUGUUGAA